AAAAUUACUUUACAGAUGACGGAGAACCCGCAGAAAUCCUCUCAGGAUGAGCGAAUUCAGGAGAUGCGUCGUCAAGUAGAUGAAGUCAAGACUGUAAUGGCCUCAAAUGUAGCUUCAAUCAUGGAACGUGGAGAACGACUCGAUAGCAUCGAAAGACGCACGGACGAACUUCAAUCGGCUAACUUCAAACUAACUGCUCAUCGGGUUCAACGCAAGAUGUGUAUGAUGAACGCGAAGUGGACGAUCAUUUCCGUGCUGGUCGCUCUCAUCGUUAUAGCUGUCAUAAUUCUGCUUAUUCUUGAUGCCUGUGGUGUGUUUGACAAAAAGUGA